CCUCGCCGUGAGGACGUCACUACUCGCGCCUUCCCGCGCAGUCAGUCAGCGUCGAGACUUCUGAGGAGUUCAUGCCACGGUCUUUCUCAUGUUUACACAACCGUGAGUUCAGCGGUUCUGCACUGUUUGUGUGUUUGCUGACUCAAACACUCAGAACAGCAGGAAACAAGCAUAUCUGCUGCUGCUACACAGAAAUUCAUGUUCAGUGAAGCUCCUCCCACAACAAUCACAUGGUCAGUGAUUUCAACAACAGAUACUGGUAUUUUCCCAUCAGUUUACAAGUGCAGCAAGCAUCAGACCAUCAGGAAGAAAUGGAAUAUAUAAAGACUGAGUUUAUUAAAGAAGAAAGUGAGAACAUGAGUGAUCCAGAACCCUGCAGAAUCAAACACACUGAAGAACAGAGAGACUUUAAAGAAGAGACCGAGGAGAGUGAAGUGGAGGAGAAACAUCAUGUCAAACCUGAAGAGAAACCUCAGAGUGACUUGCAAACUAAAAAUAAAUUUUUAAAUGAAAAUAGAGCUGAGAAAUCCAUCACCUGUACUCAGUGUGGAAAGAGUUUCGCAUACAAACAAAGUCUUAAAAAUCACAUGAUGACCCACACGGGAGAAAGACCACACAAAUGUGAACAAUGUGGAAAGAGUUUCACGCGUUCAACAUAUCUUAAAGAACACAUGAUAAUCCAUACAGGAGAAAAACCACACAUUUGUGAUCAGUGCGGGAAGAGCUUCACACGCAAACAAAUUCUUAAAAACCACAUGAUGACCCACACAGGAGAAAGACCACACAAAUGUGAACAAUGUGGAAAGAGUUUCAUGCGUUCAUCAUUUCUUAAAGAACACGUGAUUAUCCAUACAGGAGAAAAACCACACAAAUGUGAUCAGUGUGGAAAGAGUUUCAUUAAAUCAUCAUCCCUUAAAGGACACAUGAGGGUUCACACUGGAGAAAAGCCGUAUGCAUGUGAUCAGUGUGGAAAAAAAUGUCUUGGAUCAUCAGCCCUGAAGAGACACCUGACAGUUCAUAUGAAGGAGAAGCCUCAUUCAUGUUCUUCAUGUGGAAAGAGUUUUACACUGUGGCGAAGUUUUAAAUCACAUCAGAAAUCACAUACUGGUGUAAGACAAUACAUCUGCUUUGAGUGUGGGAAGACUUUUAUUUCGGAAUCCCAUUUAAAACAGCACCAGAUCAUUCACACUGGAGAAAAACCACACAAGUGUUCACACUGCGACAAGAGAUUCAGUCUGUCAGGAAAUCUGAACAGACAUGAGAGGAUCCACACUGGAGAGAAACCACACGUGUGUGAUCAGUGCGGGAAGAGUUUCAGACACAAACAAAGUCUUAUAAACCACAUGAGUAUCCACACGGGAGAGAAGCCACACACAUGUGAUCGAUGUGGAAAGAGUUUCACGCGUUCAUCGACUCUUAAAAUACAUAUGAGGGUCCACACCAGAGAAAAGCUGUAUGCGUGUGAUCAAUGCGGCAAAACAUUUCUUGAAUCAUCAGUCCUAAAGAAACACCUGACAGUUCAUAUGGAGGAGAAGCCUCAUCCAUGUUCUUUAUGUGGAAAGAGUUUUUCCCUGCUGCAAACUUUAAAAUCACAUCAGAAAUCACAUACUGGUGUAAGAGAUUAUGUGUGCUUUGAGUGUGGGAAGACCUUUAUUUUGGAAUACGAUUUAAUACGGCACCAGAGGAUUCACACUGGAGAGAAACCUUACAAGUGUUCACACUGUGACAAGAGAUUCACUCAGUCAGCACACCUGAAAACACAUGAGAGGAUUCACGCUGUAGGCAUGAUUAGUGACAGUACAUUUACAUUAUAUUACAUUGUGAACUAUUUCCUGAAGCAGCUGAUGGUGACUAAACAGUCUCAGUGCCAGUACGCUCUGCCUCUGCUUGUUCCUGAUCCAUUCACACAAGAGAUUGAGUUUCCUCUCUGGACAUUCAGACAAAUUAACAAGAGCUGGAAGAUGAAAAAAGCUAAAAAUGAAACCAUUGGAAAAAUCCAGCCUAUCUGGAAAGCAGAAACACCAAUGGUGUCUUUCUUCAGGAACUGCCCAGGCAGCAGCAAAACCAGAGUAUUGAUGGAUGGAGUGGUGGAGAUUGCCUGGUACUGCCCCUCUGGGAAAGAAACAGAUAAGUUCACUCAGUGUAUUGCUUUCUGUAACCUUCAUGGUGAUACAGGGGAUAAUGAAAGACAGCUGCAGAUCCUCACUGAAAUUGCCCUUAAUCAAUGUGGGGAACAUGAGAACAUGAGUGAUCCAGAACCCUGCAGAAUGAAACACACUGAAGAACAGAGAGAGAACAAGAAGAGUGAAGAACUGAAUGAAGAGGAGGAGAAACCUCGUGUUAAACCUGAAGAGAAACCUCUGAGUCACUCAAAAACUAAAACUAAAUUUAAGAAAAGACCUGAGAAAUCUUUCACCUGCACUCAGUGUGGAACAAGUUUCAGAUACAAAAACGCUCUUGAGAUUCACAUGAGAAUCCACACAGGAGAAAAGCCACACACGUGUGAUCAAUGUGGAAAGAGUUUCCCAUACAAACAAAGUCUUAAGAUUCACAUGAGAGUUCAUAAUGGAGAGAGACCGUAUACAUGUGAUAAAUGUGGAAAGAGUUUCCCUUACAGUCGAAGUCUUGUGUUUCACAUGAGAGUUCAUACUGGAGAGAAGCCGUUCACUUGUGAUCAGUGUGGAAAGAGUUUCAUAAAUUCAUCAAACUAUAAAAGACACAUAAAGAUCCACACUGGAGAAAAGCCCUUCACGUGUGAUCAAUGCGGUAAAACAUUUCUUAGAGCAUCACAAUUGAAGACACACCUGACAGUUCAUAUGAAGGAGAAGCCACAUUCAUGUUCUUCAUGUGGAAAGAGUUUUUCACAGCUGGAGGGUUUAAAAUCUCAUCAGAAAUUACAUGACGCUGUGAAAGAUUAUGUGUGCUUUGCGUGUGGGAAGACUUUUGCUUCAGUGAAUGUUUUAAAACGGCACCAGAGGAUUCACACCGGAGAAAAACCUUACAAGUGUUCACACUGUGACAAGAUAUUUCGUUGGUCAGUAGAUCUGAAAAGACAUGAGUGGAUCCACACUGGAGAGAUGCCAUACACAUGUGAUCAGUGCGGGAAGAGUUUCACACGCAAACUGAGUUUUAGAGUCCACAUGAGGAUCCACACGGGAGAGAAGCCGUACACAUGUGAUCAAUGUGGAAAGUGUUUCACGUGUUUAUCAAACCUUAAAGGACACAUGAAAAUCCAUAGUGGAGAAAAGCCACAUGCAUGUGAUCAAUGCGGCAAAACAUUUCUUGUUUCAUCAGCCCUGAAGAAACACCUGACAGUUCAUACGAAGGAGAAGAGUUCCACACACAAAGAAAGUCUUAGAGCACCAACAAAUGCUGGAAUUUCUCCAUCAGUUUACAAGUGCAAACAAGAAUCAAACCAUCAGGAAGAAGAAAAAUUUGCAAAGACUGAAUUUAUUAAAGAGGAAAGUGAGAACAUGAGUGAUCCAGAACCAAGCAGAAUGAAACACAUGGAAGAACAGAGAGACCUGAUGGAAGCGAAUGAGAUUAGUGAAGUGGAGGAGAAACCUCAUGUCAAACCUGAGAAAUCUUUCACCUGCACUCAGUGUGGAACGAGUUUCACAUACAAAAACGCUCUUGAGAUUCACAUGAGAAUCCACACGGGAGAAAAGCCACACAUGUGUGAUCAAUGUGGAAAGAGUUUCCAAUACAAACAAAGUCUUAAGAUUCACAUGAGAGUUCAUUCUGGAGAGAGACCGUAUACAUGUGAUAAAUGUGGAAAGAGCUUCCAUUACAGUCGAAGUCUUGUGUUUCACAUGAGUGUUCAUACUGGAGAGAAGCAGUUCACUUGUGAUCAGUGUGGAAAGAGUUUCAUACAUUCAACAAACUUUAAACGACACAUGAAGAUCCACACUGGAGAAAAGCCCUUCGCUUGUGAUCAGUGUGGCAAAACAUUUCUUAGAGCAUCACAAUUGAAGACACACCUGACAGUUCAUAUGAAGAAGCCACAUUCAUGUUCUUCAUGUGGAAAGAGUUUUUCACAGCUGGAGGGUUUAAAAUCUCAUCAGAAAUUACAUGACGCUGUUAAAGAUUAUGUGUGCUUUACAUGUGGGAAGACUUUUGCUUUAGUGAAUCUAUUAAAACGGCACCAGAGGAUUCACACCGGAGAAAAACCUUACAAGUGUUCACACUGUGACAAGAUAUUUCGUUGGUCAGUAGAUCUGAAAAGACAUGAGACGUUCCACACUGGAGAGAUGCCAUACACAUGUGAUCAGUGCGGGAAGAGUUUCAUGCGCAAACAAGGUUUUAGAGUCCACAUGAGGAUCCACACAGGAGAGAAGCCGUACACAUGUGAUCAGUGUGGAAAGAGUUUCUCAUUAAAGCAAAGUUUUGAUGUUCACAUUAGAGUCCACAGUGGAGAAAAGCCGUAUGCAUGUGAUCAGUGUGGCAAAACAUUUCUUGAUUCGUCAACCCUGAAAAAACACCUGACAGUCCAUUUGAAAGAGAAGCCUUAUUCAUGUUCUUUAUGUGAAAAAAGUUUUACACGGCUGGAUGGUUUAAAAUCCCAUCAGAAAUUACAUGACGGUGUGAGAGAUUAUGUGUGCUUUGCGUGUGGGAAGACUUUUGUUGCAGUGAAUCUUUUAAAACGGCACCAGAGGAUUCACACUGGAGAAAAACCUUACAAGUGUUCACACUGUGACAAGAUAUUUCGUUGGUCAGUAGAUCUGAAAAGACAUGAGCAGAUUCACACUGGAGAGAAACCGCACACGUGUGAUCAGUGCGGGAAGAGCUUCACACGCAAACAAAGUCUUAGAGCACACAUGAUGAUCCACACGGGAGAGAAGCCGUACGCAUGUGAUCAGUGCGGGAAGAGCUUUACACGCAAACAAAGUUUUGAUGCUCACAUGAGAAAACACAAUGGAGAAAAUCCGUACGCAUGUGAUCAAUGUGGUAAAACAUUUCUUGUAUCAUCAUCCCUGAAGAGACACCUGACAGUUCAUAAGCAAGAGAAGCCGCUUUCACUUUCUUAAUGUGGAAGUUGCAAAGUUUAAAAUCACAAACACACUGUUGUAAGAGCUCAUAUUUGCAUUAAGUGUAGGAAGACUUUCUUUGCCAGUCAAUUUAAAAUGGUACCAAAGGAUUCACACUGGAGAAAAUUUUUCAAACGGUUCACACUGCACCAAGAGAUUCUGAAGCUACACAUGAAGAUUCAUACAAUAAAGAAACCAUACUAUGGUCAUCUGUGCAUUUAGUUUCACAGCGUUGUCUUCUUAAUUCACUCACAACAAUCACAGCUGAAAUCACAGUAAGCUCUUCAUCCCUAUGUGCUGAGCAAUACAGUCUCUUCUGUGUAAGGUAGUUUCCUAACAACCACAAUAAGUGACAGAACAUUUUGUUGGUGGCUUGAAAGUAUGUCAUUAUUAUGAGACAUGAUGUCAUUAUUAUGAGAUAUGAUGUUGGGGUUCCUCAAUUGGCAGCCUGUGCUAAUUUCAAGCAGUGCUAUUAAGGUAAUGUUGGUGAAAAUUAAAAUAAAGCAUUGACAGCUUAGUCUAACAGUAUAAAAAAAAGUGGAAAUAGAAAAUAAACUAUACAAAUGUGAAUGGACUGAACAAAUUAAUUUUAUUUGCCUGACCACCACAAUGCAAAGCCACCAUGUUAUGCAUGCAGACUAACAUUUAACGCCAUUUCAAUACAUUGCACAGCAAUCUUGACUGCAAUUAUCCAGAACAUUGUGAGAGCCGCAAACAGAAGGUAACACAAUUGGCAGCUUACGAGCAAUCAGUUGCUGUUCUUCACAAAAACACAUCCUUGCAGGUGAAUGCAUGUGGCUUGGAACCUGUCAAAGACCAAAAAGUCAUUCACGGAUGCAGCAUUAAUUAAAAACUGCAAUUCACAUGAAGGAUGUUUUAAAUCACGAUGACAGAGCAAAAAAAUUAAAUGGAUGCGGAGCUAUUAAAGAAGGUGCCAUUAUCCGAUUGCAUGGUAACAAGAAGAGCAGAGGUAUUGGUGGGUGAGUGUCUGUCCAGUCUUUUAUCGGACAUGAAGAAAGCUGAAGUCAUGUCACUUUCAAUAGACUCGUCUUGCGACUGAACUGACAUUGAACCAUUGAAAAAUUUGAUGAUUUUGUAUAUUCACUCUGGAAUAAUUGGCAAAUGGCUUUAGUCCAAUUACUCACAUCAGUUCUUUGCAUGUAUGGAGCACAGUGUGUAAGGGAGAUCCAUUGACUCCCUACUGUUUAGAUAUGGGGCCAGUCGGAGCACUGUGGACACCUCCCUCACUCAUAUAAAUAAAGUUCAACAUUAUCUAAAUAAGCCAAAAAUGUAUGUAUUAGAAUACUCUUUAUGGAGUAAUACUCGCCUUUAUGAUUUAAGUAUUAGUUGUUGGAUGAUAUCAUGGAUUAAGGAAUUAUCAAGAGAUCGACUUCUGCGUGUUUGUAUUAAUAAUGUCAUGUGUGACUGCUUGGUUUUGAAUACUGGGGUACUGCAGGGAUGCGUCCUGUCUCCAAUACUGUUUUAUUCAUACAUCAAUGAACUGCCUUGUGAUGAAGAUAACCUCUCCCUCAUAAAGUAUGCAGAUGAUAUGGCAUUGGUCUCCUGUCAGAAAUAAAUGAAUUGCUCCUCAUAUUUUGAUUAUAUCGACAUGGACAUUGUGCCUAGGGGCCAUAAAAAUACAUUGUGCCCAGGUGCAUCUGAAUUCCUAAUCCGGGCCUGGAUGGAACUUUUUGAAAAUUUCAUAUCACAAUUAUAGUGACCAAAGUUAUCACGAUUAUCAGUAUUAUCAAGGCAGAUGAAAACAUUAAUGACAAUGUUAAAAAAGAACUGAGAAUCUCACUGAAAACCUUUUGAAAAGUUUUAUAUUUGAAAAUUAACAAAAAAUUAGCAGCUAUAUGCACUUUUUUAGAAUCAGAAAGAGCUUUAAGAUGUCAAGCGAUAGAGACACAAAAUAAAAUAGAUAACAAAAUAAAAAUAAGUGAUUAAAAAUAAAUGUGUAAAGGCAAUACACGAUAGACAAAAUACAAUAGACAGUAUAAUGUAUGUACAGAUAAAUAGGAUUGGGUAUUAUUUGAAUUGUAUUGAUUCCAAUGUGAUUAAAUAAUGAUAUCAAACAUUAA